AUGCGCCGGACACAGGAUAACUCGGUGGAGGGCCUGCAUCCUGCUGCCCGGGCAGUGGUGGUCCUCGGCCUGCCCAGAGCCCGGGCCGUGGGGGCCUGCGCUCGCGCUUGUCCCGCCGCCUGCGCCUGCAGCACUGUGGAGCGCGGCUGCUCAGUGCGCUGCGACCGCGCGGGCCUCCUGCGGGUGCCGGCCGACUUCCCGUGCGAGGCGGUCUCCAUCGACCUGGACCGGAACGGCCUGCGCUUCCUGGGCGAGCGGGCCUUCGGCACGCUGCCGUCCCUGCGCCGCCUGUCGCUGCGCCACAACAACCUGUCCUUCAUCACGCCCGGCGCCUUCAAAGGCCUGCCGCGCCUGGCUGAGCUGCGCCUGGCGCACAACGGCGAUCUACGCUACCUGCACGCGCGCACCUUCGCGGCGCUCGGCCGCCUGCGCCGCCUGGACCUAGCCGCCUGCCGCCUCUUCAGCGUGCCCGAGCGCCUCCUGGCCGAACUGCCGGCCCUGCGCGAGCUCGCCGCCUUCGACAACCUGUUCCGCCGCGUGCCGGGCGCGCUACGAGGCCUGGCCAACCUGACGCACGCGCACCUGGAGCGCGGCCGCAUCGAGGCAGUGGCCUCCAGCUCGCUGCAGGGCCUGCGCCGCCUGCGCUCGCUCAGCCUGCAGGCCAACCGCGUCCGUGCCGUGCACGCUGGCGCCUUCGGUGACUGUGGCGUCCUGGAGCAUCUGCUGCUCAACGACAACCUGCUGGCCGAGCUCCCGGCCGACGCCUUCCGCGGCUUGCGGCGCCUGCGCACGCUCAACCUGGGUGGCAACGCACUGGACCGCGUGGCGCGCGCCUGGUUCGUUGACCUGGCCGAGCUCGAGCUGCUCUACCUGGACCGCAACAGCAUCGCCUUCGUGGAGGAGGGCGCCUUCCAGAACCUCUCGGGCCUCCUCGCCCUGCACCUCAACGGCAACCGCCUCACCGUGCUCGCCUGGGCCGCCUUCCAGCCCGGCUUCUUCCUGGGCCGCCUCUUCCUCUUCCGCAACCCGUGGUGCUGCGACUGCCGCCUGGAGUGGCUGCGGGACUGGAUGGAGGGCUCCGGGCGUGUCACCGACGUGCCGUGCGCCUCCCCGGGCUCCGUGGCCGGCCUGGACCUCAGCCGGGUGACCUUCGGGCGCUCCUCCAAUGGCCUCUGUGUGGACCCCGAGGAGCUGAACCUCACCACGUCCAGUCCAGGCCCGUCCCCAGAACCAGAGGCCACCACCGUGAACAGGUUCAGCAGCCUCCUCUCCAAGCUUCUGGCCCCGAGGGUCCUGGUGGAGGAGGAGGCCAACACUACUGGGGGGCUGGCCAACGCCUCCCUGUCCUACAGCCUCUCCUCCCGUGGGGUGGCAGGCGCUGGCUGGCAGCCCUGGUUUCUCACCUCUUGUCUCCUGCCCAGCGUGGCCCAGCACGUGGUGUUUGGCCUGCAGAUGGACUGACCUGGCCAGAGGGGCAAAGUUUGCUUAACUGGGCUUGAGGGUGUUUGUGGAAAGGGGAGAGGAGACA